CGGCUCUCGGCCGGGCGCAGGCGCCGCCGUGAGCCUGCGGCGGACGGCUGCCCGCCCGGGGACGGGGCUCCAUGCGCUGCCAGGCCCCGCUCCCCUGACGGCGUUUGUUCCCGGGCAGGUCUCGGUGCUGUAUUUCGCCCGGAGCGCGGAGCUGGCGGGGCUGCGGAGUGAGACCCUCUCGGUGCCACGGCAGAUCACCGCGCUGCAGCUCUGGGAGGAGAUCGUCAAGGUGCACCCCAGGUACUCGGCAGAGCUACUGGCGCGGCGCACAAAGUUCAGCGGCGUCGGGGCUUCUUUGGCUUGCUGUCAUCCGGGAUCAAGUAGUUUUUGCUGUUCGGCAGGAGUACGUGCUUCUUGGAGAUCAGCUCCUGGUCCUGCAGCCUGGAGACGAGGUUGCCAUCAUCCCACCAAUUAGUGGAGGAUGAAUCUACCCAAUUUCUGUUAGAUCCAGAGACGUGAUUGCAAUUCUCUCCCUCCAUACUGGUACUCUUUUGAGAUAACACAACUUGUUUUUCCUGCUGGAGAAAACCAUUGUGCUGACCAGAAACUAUAAGUUAGUGCACCAGUAAAUGAUUAACACAUGAACAGUAAAUGAAAGAGAGCUUUUCUAGUGAGCUAUGGAUGAAAGGGAAGACAUGCCAAAAGAUUUUAUCAAGCUCAAGUCUGAAAAGCUCUCUGUAGACGAAGUGUCAGACCUGGUCAUUUCACCAUACUGUGGGGCAGUGUCUCUGUUCGUUGGUACUACAAGAAAUAAUUUUGAAGGGAAAAAAGUGAUUCACUUAGAAUAUGAAGCAUAUACUUCAAUGGCAGAGACUGAAAUGAAGAAAAUCUGCAGAGAUGUUAGACAGAAAUGGCCAUCAGUCAAACAUAUUGCAGUGCACCAUAGACUUGGUGUGGUUCCAAUAACUGAAGCAAGUGUAAUUAUUGCAGUCUCCUCUCCACACAGAGCAGAAUCCCUUGAAGCUGUAAUGUACUGCAUCAAUACCUUAAAAGCAUCUGUCCCAAUAUGGAAAAAGGAGAUUUAUGAGGACGAGUAUUCUUGGAAAGAAAACAAGGAAUGCUUCUGGGCAAAUUCAGGAAAAUAACUUUUAAAAAUAAAGUGUUACUGUUUCUAAUGAGCAUAAUGGUUUAGCUUUGAGUUGUUUUUACAAAGAAUCUGUAUAUUUUUAAACAGGUGUAAUAGACAUUUCAAUCAGUAAUUUGAUUAGGACUGAGUGAAAUGAAUGAGUAAUAAUUAAAUGUUCUUAACUCUCAUUUGAAAUCAUGUCUUUGUGCAUAUUUGAAAGGGAGUAAUUUUUUAAAACAAUUUACCUGAAAUUCUUGGUCGUGAGUUGUUUUGUCUUCUGUGAUGCAUACUACUUUAAUGUCUUCACAUUGGUAGUCUGUGUUCACUGACUGUAUGGGAGGUUGAGACAGGACAAUUGUGGGGGUUUUUUUAAUCUUAAAGAAAUUCAUAAGUAGUUUAAUUUUAUAUGACUAUAGAGUCAUUUUGCAAGCUUUAUGCUGUUUUGAUGUUCUUGUAACAUGAAAGCUACUUGAAGUAGAUGAAACAUUUUGGUACAGAGAAGAAAAUACAAACUAUUCUCAAGAGCUAUUAACUUUUUAGUAGUGGUUACGUUUCAGUAGCUCUGUCUCAUGGAAGCAUUUUUACUGUGCAGCUGAUGCUACAAGUCCAUUGCAUUAAAAAAAUAUAGCUAGACCUUGAUUCAAAGUUAGAUCAAAUAUUCUACCAGCAACAAACUUGCAUUAGCGAUAACAUGCAAACCUGUAACUACUUAAUGAUGUCUAGACAUGAUUAAUUUUGAAGGAGCUUUUUUGGCUGUGUAAUUGUAUGGUGCUGCAGAAAUAAACCCCCCCCAGCUAUUAAUAUGAAUAGGCAACUAUAAGUUUAAUUAGUUGUAGUAGUUCAACUUUAGAUUGUUAGGAUUCAAAGUGAUCAAAAUGGAUUAGUUUUUCAAAGGAAAGGAAGUCUAGUGAACUUCUUGCAAUUUAUAUAUGCAUUUAUAUUCACGUUUAGGAUUUUAAUACAGUUUUCUUCUUGUUACUGUUUUGAAACCUAGUUAAAAGAUAAAGACACUGACAUAGUAUUCCUGUGCUUCCACUGGGAAACAGUGGCCUGCUCAUCUGAGUAAGAGAAUUUUAUUUACAUUUUUCACAGAAUGACAGAAUGGUUGUAGUUGGAAGAGACCUCUGGAGGCCAUCUAGUCCAGCUUCCCUGCUCAAUCAGGGUCUCCUAGAGCACAUUACUCAGGAUUGUACGUUAUUUUACUGUGCUGUGAUAGUGUUUCAGUGCUGAGAGUUCAAAGUCCCAUUGUGUACGUCAUUUUUACUAAUGUUGAGAGGCAGUUUUAUCUAGUCAUAAUUAUCAGUGUAGACAACAUAGAUAUAAUGGAAGGGAAAUGAGGUAAAGAAAAGUAAAAUUAUCUGCUCAAGUUUAUAUAUGGUUACAUCACACAACACUUAAAUCUCAGCUGCGUAACCCAUUUCAUUUGUGUCUGCAGUAAAAAUCUACAAACAGCUGCUAGCUGUACAAAAUAAAAUGAGAAAAAUAGGUGAUGAUCUUUUUUUCCCCUCAGCGAUUUCAAUCAAUCUUAAUAUUUAGUGAUGGUUACUGUAUCUGAAUUAAAUAAGUAAACCCCAAUGAAGCAUACAACUUCAGGCAGAAGUAUGGUUAAAUGUGCUUGUUAACUUACUGAUCCACUUUCCUCAAUGAAGUGACAGAGUCUUUCCUCUGCAGGACAGCAGCUGUUCCUUGCAUGCUUACACAUGUGCAGCCUCCAGACAGUGUGGACCCUAUUAUCUAGGAAAAGCUGAGCAAAUUCAAAGUUGAAUUUUCUUUUGCUUUGGAGGCUGGAGAGAAGCCCUCUGCUGUUUGAAUGACAUUUUUACCAGGAAUUGUACAGAAUUCUGAAUAUGCAUCAGUUCUUGUAUGUCCUGGUUUCAGGACAUGACUAUGAAGUGAUUUUUUCUGGUUUUAGAAAAGAAAUAAAUACACAAACUUUCCCA